AUGGUUGUCGCUGAGGUCCUGAGUGCCCUUGGCUCCCCAGCGAGGGUUGGAGCGCGUAUCUUGCUGGUGCCUCGAUACUCGCUCAACAGCUUCAAUCUCGUUCGUUCAUGGCCGCAGAACAGGUAUGCGCGCCAUCGUUAUGGGCCCUCGUAUCACUGGCGGUGCUGGCUGCUUUUCGACAUUCGGGAUUUGGAGCACCUGGAGCAUCUCAUCAAUGCAGGCUCGGAUGAGGAUCUCGUGAAGAUGAGGAACGCAAAGUUGGAGUCAUUUAGGCUUAUUGCAGUAGUGGGUGCACUCGUUGCCUCUGUUGCCCUUCAAGCCCUGAGCCUUCCCCGGGUCACUUCGACAGACUUCAUCGUCCGUGGCGCCUUGACUACCUGUCUCAUGCUCUCCAUCCUUGCCACCUUCUUCAUCUGUCUCCAGCAGCGCGAACUUAGCGCAGUCGAGGACGUCCCAGCCCUCCGCGCCUGGCUAUCUAACGGCAAACUUUACACCAACGCAGACGAUGCCAUGGCUUACCAGAGCUCGCUAGCUGCCCUGACGCUGCUGAACAGUCCCUACGAAUAUCUUGGGAUUGCGGUCACCAAUUUCCUAGUUGGUGUGGCGGCGUAUAUGGCGGGUGCGUGGUUGGAUGACCGGGAGCUGCACACCGACAGAGACGGCAUGUUGAAAGAGGCUGCUGUGCUGGUGUAUUUUGGCGUUGGGACGUUGUUUGCCAUGACCAUGUUUCCUAUGCUACUUGGGAUGAAGGACCGGGAGAGUCGGGGGGUUGGACAGGCGUUGCCGGGAUGCAUGAGAGCUUAUCAAGAGGUACAAGAGAGUAGAUAUGGAGGGGACUCAAGGGGGCAAGAGGCAUGUCGACGAGACUAA